ACGUGACCUGCGCUCCUCUGGCGCCAAAAUGUCGCUUGUGGCGGGGGUUAUCCGGCGGCUCGACGAGACAGUGGUGAACCGUAUCGCGGCAGGGGAAGUUAUUCAGCGGCCGGCUAAUGCCAUCAAAGAGAUGAUUGAGAACUGUUUAGAUGCAAAAUCCACUAGUGUUCAAGUGGUUGUUAAAGAGGGAGGCCUGAAGUUGAUUCAGAUCCAAGACAAUGGCACUGGAAUCAGGAAAGAAGAUCUGGAUAUUGUGUGUGAGAGGUUCACUACAAGUAAAUUGCAGUCCUUUGAGGAUUUAACCAGUAUUUCUACCUAUGGCUUUCGGGGUGAGGCUUUGGCCAGCAUAAGCCAUGUGGCUCACGUUACUAUUACAACCAAAACAGCUGAUGGAAAGUGCGCAUACAGAGCAAGUUACUCAGAUGGAAAACUGAAAGCUCCUCCUAAACCAUGUGCAGGCAAUCAAGGGACCCAGAUCACGGUGGAAGACCUUUUUUACAACAUAGCCACAAGGAGGAAAGCUUUAAAAAAUCCAAGUGAAGAGUAUGGGAAAAUUUUGGAAGUUGUUGGCAGAUAUUCAAUUCACAAUUCGGGCAUUAGUUUCUCAGUUAAAAAACAAGGCGAGACAGUAGCUGACAUUAGAACCCUACCUGGUGCCACAACUGUGGACAAUAUUCGCUCUAUCUUUGGAAAUGCUGUUAGUCGAGAACUGAUAGAAGUUGGUUGUGAGGAUAAAACCCUAGCCUUCAAAAUGAAUGGCUACGUAUCCAAUGCAAACUACUCAGUGAAGAAGUGCAUCUUCUUACUCUUCAUCAACCAUCGACUGGUAGAAUCGACUUCCUUGAGAAAAGCCAUAGAAACGGUGUAUGCAGCAUAUUUGCCCAAAAACACACACCCAUUCCUGUACCUCAGUUUAGAAAUUAGCCCCCAGAAUGUGGAUGUCAAUGUGCACCCCACGAAGCAUGAAGUUCACUUCCUGCACGAGGAGAGUAUCCUGGAGCGGGUGCAGCAGCAUGUUGAGAGCAAGCUCCUUGGCUCCAACUCCUCCAGGAUGUACUUCACCCAGACUUUGCUACCAGGACUUGCUGGCCCCUCUGGAGAGGUGGUUAAAUCCACAACAGAUCUGACCUCAUCUACUUCUGGAAGUGGCAACAAGGUCUGUGCCCAACAGAUGGUCCGUACAGAUUCCCGGGAACAGAAGCUUGAUGCAUUUCUGCAGCCUCUGAGCAAGCCCCUGUCUAGUCAGCCCCAGGCCAUUGUGCCAGAGGAUAAGACAGAUGGUUCUAGUGGCAGGGUCAGGCAGCAAGAUGAGGAGAUGCUUGAACUCCCAGCCCCUGCUGAAGUGGCUGCCAAGUAUCAGAGCAUGGAGGGGGAUGCAACAACGGGGACUUCAGAAACAUCUGAGAAGAGAGGACCCACUUCCAGCCCAGGCAACCCCAGAAAGAGACAUCUGGAAGACUCUGACAUCGAAAUGGUGGAAGAUGAUUCCCGAAAGGAAAUGACAGCAGCUUGUACCCCCCGGAGAAGGAUCAUUAACCUCACCAGUGUCUUGAGUCUCCGGGAAGAAAUUAAUGAGCGGGGACAUGAGACUCUCAGGGAGAUGCUGCAUAACCACUCCUUUGUGGGCUGUGUGAAUCCACAGUGGGCCUUGGCACAGCAUCAGACCAAGUUAUACCUUGUCAACACCACCAAACUUAGUGAAGAGCUGUUCUACCAGAUACUCAUUUAUGAUUUUGCCAAUUUUGGUGUUCUGAGGUUAUCGAUCUGUGGUGAUACAACCUCUUUCGUUCCUAAUAUUGGUAAUGAGCCAGCACCUCUCUUCGACCUUGCCAUGCUUGCCUUAGAUAGUCCCGAGAGCGGCUGGACAGAGGAAGAUGGUCCCAAAGAAGGACUUGCUGAAUACAUUGUUGAAUUUCUGAAGAAGAAGGCUGAAAUGCUUGCUGACUAUUUCUCUUUGGAAAUUGAUGAGAAAGGGAACCUGAUUGGAUUACCCCUUCUAAUUGACAACUAUGUGCCCCCUUUGGAGGGACUGCCUAUCUUCAUUCUUCGACUAGCCACAGAGGUGAAUUGGGAUGAAGAAAAGGAAUGUUUUGAAAGCCUCAGUAAAGAAUGUGCUAUGUUUUACUCCGUCCGGAAGCAGUACAUAUCUGAGGAGUCCACUCUCUCAAGCCAGCAGAGUGAAGUGCCUGGCUCCACUUCAAACUCCUGGAAGUGGACUGUGGAACACAUUGUCUAUAAAGCCUUCCGCUCACACCUUCUGCCUCCUAAACAUUUCACAGAAGAUGGAAAUAUCCUGCAACUUGCUAACCUGCCCGAUCUAUACAAGGUCUUUGAGAGGUGUUAAAUAUGGAUUUAUGGACUCUGAGAUGUGUUGGUCUUUCUUUGUAUCCUGAUGUUGUUGGUAGGACUUAAGACUCCCAUUUGCCUUCUGACUAGAAGCACUCCUUCAUGCAUGGUGGAUUGGCUAUUAAUAGUCAGAUGUGUUCUGAUGUGAUUUCUUAUUUAAUUUCGUUAUACCUGAAAGCUGUUGUAAAUUGAUUUUCAUGUAUUAUAUACCUGGUUGUGCUGAAGAAUCCCAAAAGAAAUUUGAAAGCCUAGGGAUCUGGUAAGGUGGUGUAUAAGCACCAUUGAGAAUUCUAAAAAGGCAUGUAUUGAAACAGCACACUGUACCCACAAAUAUGCACAAGUAAUUGUUAAAAUUUUUUAAAAAUUCUAAAAAGGCCUAGAUCAUGCUCUGAUUUGAUUCUCUCUGUAUUCUGGUACAUUUCUAAUAUCUGGUGAUAUAUGUCAAUUCAGAUGCCUCUUAAAAGAGGUCCUGAAUAUAUAAAGGGGCUCCAAUGACACUGACUAUGGAGAAAGUUUGAACUGCUAAUCUAUUAGUGUCUUCAGUAACCAAAGCUAAUUAAUUUAUUAAGGAAAAAACUUGAGGGAAGAAAAAAGUCCUUAUCCAGUCUAUAACUGGUAUGAGUUUUUAAAUUAGCCCACUUGUUAAUAGCUGUGAAUAUUACCAGCUUAAGAUAAAGACGUUUCUAGGCAUUCUUGUCUGAAGGAUAUAAAAAUACAAACUUAAACUGUAAGUGCCAAAAUAAACUACCUUAUUAUUAGCCUGCAUUAAUAGAAAUGGAGCAUUCAGCAUAGAGAGAAAGAAUGCCAAUGGUUUUAAGGUAAAAUCCAGAUUACCAGAUUCAAUGAAGAAAGUUCAGGGGGGAAGAACAAUACUCAAUAUCUUAUCUUAAAGAAAUGGAGCCAUUUCAUUUGGAAAAGACUGGGACCACAGAAUGGAAGAGACAUUUUUGUUGUACAACAAAGCAGGCAAGGUCAGUUUCCAACAGAAAUGAGGUUCCAUGAGCCCAGGAGGGCACAGGCCGAAUGACCUUGAGUGGAGAGGAAGAAGGGUUUCCUAGGCCUCAAGACCUGGACCACCCACUGUGUUGGUUCCAGCUGGGGAAUUCUAGGAUAAAUCUCCAUUUCAGAACACCCUCUCGCCCACUCCCAACCACACAAUGAUUGUUAUUAGAAAGAAAAUCUAUAGAAAGUCAUCUGAAUUCAAGUGGUUGGUUUCCAUAUUUUACACUUACUCUAAACAAGGGAACAAUUAUGAGAUAUUUUAUUCACUUUUGAGUUAACUUUAUUAUCUAGUUUCCAGUUUAGUUUUAUUAUCUGAUAUGACUUGAUUGAUUAGAUUUUCCCUAAUAUAUUUUCUGUGUAAACACUUUGAAGAUACAGUAUCAUUUCUAUAAAACCACCUUGGUUCUGAGAGCAAAAGAGACUCACAAAUUCUGUAAAGUGACUGUACUCAAUGAUUUAAAAAAAAAAAAAACCUCUUGAACUGCAUACCUUUAAACAUGAAACUAAAGUUCUUAAUAGAAAAAGGCCUAUAAUCCAGGUUAUUUUUCCUUGAGGAGAGAAAAAAAGAGGGAUGAGAUAGAUAGGAGGGACAUGGUUGCCAUGAUUUGUUUUAAAAGCUCGUGUAACAAAAUGAACAUGUCAGUAGCCAAUUGUGGUUGGCAAAAGGGUGUGUUUAAUAGGAUCUGCAGGCAGAUUCCCCACCUGCCUGCCCUGCCCCGCCGCCCCCUCCCCUUUGGGCUUGUCUGAGGUUUCAUUCCACAAAUAAGCAGCAGAUGAAAUACUUUACAAGGUACAGCACAGCUGAUAGGGGGGAAUAAGGACCCUACUCUUACUUUAAGAGUAUCAGGCCUUGAACUUCCCCAGCCCCGUGCAAUAAUGCAAGUCUAUAUACACUCCCUGUAUCUUUUUCUAAUAUUUUCUUAUAUAAAUUUAAAUAUUUUACAAAAACAGGCUUUUUCCUCCAAACAUAUAAAUCUGAGUGAAACAUAAACUCCUUACCUGUGAACUUGUUUCGGCACUAAAAUAUAAAUGCUAUCUAAUAUUAAGGGUAAAUGUCUUUUGACCACUGGAGAUCACGGAAGUCUGAAUUGCACCAUGAAGAAGGCACUUGUGUUUUCUGAAGUCUCCAGCAAGUAUCUCAGUGAGCAUGCACAGAAUUGCCAUCCUCCAGAACCUGUGCCAAGGCCACUGAGUGCCCAGUCACUGAGGCAGCUGGGGGGAAAUGUUGAGUAAACAUGAUUCUAGAAUUAUGGAAAUAAAAAACAAAAACAGCAGGGACCAGUUCUUAGUCUAGAAUCAAACUACAAACAAAAUCCAAAGUGUUCAAUCAUGAAGAUUCAAAACUGCUUCAUUCUCUCAUAAAUUAUAAAAUACAAAGGUAGCUGUUUUAAUGACAAAACUCAAACAGUACUGAAAGGUGUUUGUGUCAAUGGACAAAAAGGGGUUUGUGUCAGUCCCUUGGGCAGGGCCCCACAGAGCAGCACCCGGGUGGAAGGGUGGCCUCCUACUGCUGGGCCAGAAGUGCUGUCCUAUUGGCCUUCAUCUUCUCCAGCCUCUUGGCCAGGUGGCUGUUGGUCAUCUCCAUCUCCUCAAUCUUGUCCAGUGCUGUGCGUAACUGGAGACAGGAAGAGCACAGUCACUUCACAUGGUCAGAAACAAAACCCAGUGCUAUUUUCUUUUCAACCUUCUGGGAAAUGGAAGCACUGCUAAUUGUGAUGGCCUUGCACGGGAUCCCUACGAUCUACUUUUUUAUUUGUUUAUAUCACAGAAAGGAUAUAGAGAAGUUAGAGAAAAAGACCUGAUGUGAAACAAAAAGAAAAACUAUCUUUUUGCUUAUUGCCUAAAUCACCAAGACAUAAAAGUAAAUGGCAGUUACUGUGCUAGUCAAAAACCAACCCAAAUGACUAAAUGACUCCACUGCUGUUACUGUCAGAUUUGAGCCAAUAUUAAAUUUCUUACGUAGCAAAGAACUUAUUUCCAAAAGAUUUUUUCUUUUUAAGAAUGUCUUCUCCAAGAAGCAUA